AGCAGAUAACGGAGGUGGAGGAGAGUUGCGCACCGUACCGCACUGCACCGCGCCGCACCGAACCGCAGCUUCAGGACAUCAUAAUAACACAGAUAGUAUAGUGUGCGCUCGAAUCCAGGCACAGCACCACCACUACAACAGGCACUCCACCAUCCAACGCGAACGAUUCGUAUACCAUACGCACGCAGUCUGCCUUCAAGACAACACGUGCUCGCAGCACCAGACCAGUACGAUCACACUUGUAUUCAUACCACCUCAUCUACCUACCUACAGGCAUCCAGGACUUCGAACAUGUCUGCAGAUUCCGAGCUAAACUCCGUCCUCAUCAGGAGACAAGAGAUCAACGACGCCCUCGACAACGGACACGAAGUACAGCUCAAGUACAAAGUGGUGAAUGUUUACACCGAGUUCCACGAAUUCACGAGGAAAGAAAUUAAGCAAUACGAAACUACCUUCAAGAAAUUCAAUACAAACAAUGACUCUUAUUUGACUUUGGAUGAAUUGAAGAGGAUGAUGGAAGUAUUGGGAGCGCCUCAGACUCAUAUUGGACUAAAAGGGAUGAUCGCUGAGGUGGAUGAGGACGAUGACGGACGUUUGUCGUUCAGGGAAUUCCUCUUGGUUUACAGAAAGGCCAGAGCUGGUGAAUUGGACGCGGAUUCUGGAUUGGGACAGCUGGCUAAAUUGACCGAAGUGGAUGUGGACAAAGUUGGAGUGAACGGAGCUAAAGAGUUUUUCGAGGCCAAAAUUAACGAGCUAUCAAAGAAGAGCAAAUUCGAGAAUGAAAUACGUGAGGAACAGGAGCAGCGGAAGCAGAUGGAGGAGGAGAAGGCGAUAAGGAGACAGCAGUUCCUGGAAACGGCAGCCCUGUUCAAAUAGCUCGAAGCUCUCGCACCGAAAAAUCGUAUCAUUUAAUUGUUCUAAGAUGCACUCUUUCAAGAAUAUCUUUUUUUAUAUGAUCUUCAAAUAAUUUGUAAAUAACCAUUUUUUAUAUUUUGUUAAAUUCAGUAUUUAGUAUGUAAAGAUUUAGGAACUAAGACGUUUUAUAUAAUGAUAAGAGAGAGAUGAAUUGUGAUAGACGUAAUAUUAUAAUUUUAUUUUUUAUUUUAAUGCAAUUAAAGUAUUUUUUAAUUUAGAA